ACAGCCUCGAGCGCACGAGCAGCCGUUCAUCGCGGAGUCCCCGGUGCCAGAGACCUACGAAGGGCAUAUUUCGAGAGAACAUGGCAGGCCAGCAUUGACGAGAAUUGUCACUUGUCUACAUGCCACAGAUAAUUCGGAAUGCACGAAGUGGGGCGACGGUGUCGGAGAGGGGCUGGCGCUAGGGCGACAACGGCUUACGCUCUCGUAAGAGCAGCUCCACGACACGAACGAACUUUGUUUGCGUGGUACCUGGCGUCUCCUGGCCGGGAAAAAGACGAAGAUGCGUUCUCAGGGAGAAUUGCGUCAUGCUGCCCUCUCUGGGGAGGCUUGUCUGGUUCUCCAGACUUGAAUGAUCUUUCUGCACUGCACGUGUCGCAUUGCUGGCCUUUUUUCAGCCUUUUCCUUGCUCGAGAGUGGAAUUCUCUUGGCCUAAUUACGCUACUCUUUAUCUGCGCCGGCGUCGGAGCACGACCAACUGGCACAAGCAGUGGGUCUUCCCGACAAGGCCGCCAGAUAACGAAGUACUCGACCUGUUUGAGCAGCCUCGAUUUGCGCAAAAGUCAUGCGGCCACAGGGAUCAGACACCCUGAGGGACGCUGGGCAAAAUGUCGUCGUACGUAAGUCUCAGGUAAGUCGCGGAUAGCAUAUGCUGCUGCUAGCUACUGCACCGGCGUUUUCGCA